GCUGUGCUCCUCGUCCUUCAAUUUCUUCUCCUUUAUUUCUGUUUCUUCACACAACAUCAAUUGCUGGAUUUAGUCUCUCGCUCUCUCUCUUGAGAUUGAACGCUGAAGCUGAGGGGCACAAGGAACUUCGUUCUUGAAGGUGAUAAAAAUGGAAGGAUCAAAGGAGAACUUCCCAACCCUCAUUAGGCCCUCAGGCUUUCAAGAAAGUCCAAGAAUGGAGGGUGCCAAGUUUGUGAAGGAAGUGAGACACAAUCAUCGACAAGCUCUAAGCCACAUUGAUCAGAAUAUUGUUGGAGCUACCGUCCAUUCUCAUAUGGCCAUUAAAGCAGAAUUCGACAGGAAGUUUGCAGCACAAACGGUCCAGCACUGCCCUGGAGAACUCUCUGAAACUAAGAAACUAACCUCGUUGGCUCUGAACUCAAGUAGCCUGGAAGAUAGUACAAUCAUAGAUGUGGAUGAGUAUGAUGAUGCUAGUGAUGACGGGGUUCCGAUGUUUGUGAAGCACACAGAAGCCAUUCUAGAUGAAGUUGAUCGAAUGGAAGAGGAUGAAAUGGAAGAUGUGGAGGACCUGGUUAUUGAUAUCGACAGCAGCGAUUUGAAAGAUCCACUUGCAGUUGUUGAGUAUAUAGAUGACAUUUUUGCUUACUACAGGAAAACUGAGAAAUCUAGCUGUGUUUCUCCAGAUUACAUGGCCCUUCAAUUUGACCUCAACGAGAAAAUGAGGGCUAUCCUCAUUGACUGGCUUAUCGAGGUUCACUACAAAUUUCAGCUUAUGCAAGAAACAUUAUUCCUCACUGUCAACCUUAUAGACAGGUUCUUAGAGCGUCAAACAAUAUCCAGAAAGAAGCUUCAAUUAGUUGGGGUGACAGCCAUGUUAUUGGCCUGCAAGUAUGAGGAGGUUUCUGUCCCUGUUGUGGAGGAUCUUGUUUUGAUAUCAGAUCAGGCAUAUACAAGAAAAGAAGUUCUCGAUAUGGAGAGACUAAUGGUGAACACCUUACAAUUUGAUUUCUCGGUGCCUACUCCAUAUGUGUUUAUGGGAAGAUUCCUUAAGGCAGCUCAAUCAGACAAAAAGCUUGAACUUCUAUCCUUCUUCAUCAUUGAGCUAUGCCUGGUGGAGUACCAAAUGCUCAAGUUCCCACCAUCUUUGCUAGCUGCUGCAGCAAUUUACACCGCUCAAUGCAGUCUCUACCCCAUCAAGCAAUGGAGUAAAACUAGCGAGUGGUAUUCUAACUACUCAGAAGAUCAGCUUCUAGAAUGCUCAAAGCUGAUGGUUACUUUCCAUCAGAAGGCUGCGACUGGGAAACUGAAUGCAGUUCAUAGGAAGUACAGUUCAUGAAAGUUUGGCUAUGCAGCAAAAGUUGAACCACCUCCAUUUCUCUUAUAUAGACGACAGAGCUGAAAGGAGGUUGAUAACUCAAAGUUAUUAUCUUUGAAUUUUCUGUGUAGCAACAGAAGUUGCCCCGAGAAAGUCAAGGCUCAUAACCCAUUAGGCCUUGGUGGAUUUCUUUUGUUGUCAAAUCUCAAAGUCUAUUUCUAUUCUUUUGUUUUGGAUUGGUUUCCUUUAAAUGCCAGUGAUCAAUGCCUUGGAUC